GAGAGAGACCAGAGUCAGACAACAUUCUGCCAGCAAAAAAAAGGCGUUUCCUUAAUAGCAGACAGAGAAGCCGGCGAGAGACGUCCUGCACCGGACAUUAAAACGUAGAUCUAUAGACGCCGUUAUAAAGCCGAUACCUCCAGCAAUCACACUGGAAAGCACAGAGAGUCAAACGGCUGAGGUUGGAUUCGGAAUUGUGUUGAAAUACAUCCUGGGGGGGGGGGGGAGAGAAGAAAAAAAAGCCACAUUGCCUCAAAUUCCCGUUUUCACAAUUUCUAGAAAGGAGCAAAAGCCCAAGCACCAUUCCAGCGGUUCCUGCGACUUGGAUACCCAGCCUCUCACAAGCCGGCCGCAAGCAUGUCAGAGUACAGCUCUCUGCUCAGCGAGCUCUCUGAGAACAUCACCAACGAGGACCUGGAGCAGCUGAAGUCCGCCUGCAAGGAGGACAUCCCCGGAGACCAGAGCGAGAACAUUACAUCCUCCCAGGAGUGGUUCAGCUACCUGGAGAAGGAUGACAAGCUAGCCCCGGAUAACCUCUCCUACAUCGAGCACAUCUUUGAGAUCUCCAGACGUCCUGACCUGUUGACUCGUGUGAUCGAAUACAGGACCACCGUGCUCAAAAUCUCAGACGAUGACGAGAUCGACACCAAACUGACCCGCAUCCCCUCCGCCAAGAAAUAUAAAGAUAUAAUCCGCCAGCCAUCAGAAGAGGAAAUCAUCAAGCUUGCCCCACCACCCAAAAAAGUCUAAGGUUGAAGUUCACAACCCAUCCACCACCUCCCCCCUUAAUCAACACACACACACACACACACACACCUCAUGACCAACCCAACAA